UUAUUGUUUUUAUACAGACAAUGGGUGUGGAGGUAGAACAUCUGAAACUGAAAGAAAAUAAAAGUGAAUAAACCUUUGGAAGAAAACAUAUUUGAUUUCAAAAACUCCAAAUUAAAUUAGUUUUCUUCGAAAAUGAAAAUGAGAUUAAUGGUAAUUAACCCAGUGGCGAAAUAAAAUUUAUGCAUGAUCGUUUAGCUGGCUGCCAUCUGAUAUCGACUCAGCUCGGACUUGAGGUGUUUCUAAUUAACCCAUUAUUUAUCGGUUCCAGUAGGCUAUAUAAGACGGGUUCUAACCUGGCCAGGUGAACACUCUCGAAUGGUGGGCCUCAGCAUGAGGCUGUUCGCUGUUUUGCUUCUGUCAGGUGUCAUCUCUUUCGGAGAGGGAUCAUGGGUUUUAAGCUCGAGCCAGCCAGCUAAAGCAGAUACGAGGCCCAGAGCCAAAAAGCCAUUGUUUAAAAACUAUGAUCUGUACUUGUAUAGGCCCGAGACUCCUUACUAUGGCGGAUCACAUUGCCAGUGCAGGCCAGGACCUCCAGGGCCACCAGGACCCCCGGGGCUGCCUGGAGUGCAGGGCGAUGAGGGUUCCCCAGGAGAAAAAGGAGAUCGUGGUGAUCCGGGAGAAAGGGGAGAACGCGGCAGAACCGGUAGACCUGGUUACUAUGGUUUCCCCGGACCCAUAGGGCCUCCUGGGCCCCCUGGAAAAUCCGUAAUUCAUCACAAAAGCGAACCCCCACAAAUAAUUUAUUUGCCUGCACAAUCGGAGGGCAAAGACCCUCCCAAAAAGAAAACCACUGGCAAUGAAAAGCCAAUUGUGAAAGUAAACAAACCUCAAACAGCAAAAACUGAUAAAAUAAGAGUUCACAAAGUUAAAACACAAACAAACCAAAACCACAAAAACCCAAAUCGCAGAAGACCAACUGUUAACCCUGUUUCCGUCAAUCGCAAGAGAAUCAAUCAGGCCAUCAAGCCAAACACAUCUAACAAGAAAAGAAAACCAACUACUAGGCCAACCUCCCAUUCCCAGAAGCAUAAACCUGGGAAUGUAAUCUCCCAUCAGAAUCCUAACUUGGCAAAUAGUAAACGAAAGGUAAUUAGGACUAGUUCGGGAAAUCGCAAAAACUCGACUAUCUCAAAUUACAGACCAUCAGCGUCCAAAAACAAUGGCACCCAUAUUAACAAGAAACCGAUUUUAACAAAACCAGCAGCUUAUUUGAAUAUCAGCCAAGUGGCAUCGCAGAAAAAGAAAGAACAGCCCAUUAAAAAGAUACAAAUUAAACAAAAUGAGUUGCCAUUGGAUUUGGCAAACUUGAGCAAAGACUCAGAAUCAGAACAUCCAGAAAAAACAAUAUUAGAUACGUUAAAUGGAGUGACAGAAGUGAAAGUUGGCCAAAAUGAUGUACCAAUUAAUAAGGGUAUUCAAGAAGAAUCACUUACAACUAUGGCUUCCCCAGAAGAGGAGGCACCGGAUAAUAAUUCAGGCACUACCACUGAGAGUGUUAACUCUUCAAUGGAUAAUGGAAUAAUACAGGAAAUUUCUGAUAAUGUAGAAACCGGAAGUCAAGUUAUUGAAAAACAAGAAUCAGAUGUAGUACAGGACCUUUUGACAACUACUACUGAGGAAAUUCCCACUUCCACGGAACUCAAUCUGGAUCAAUCAACUGUGAACAUAAAUGAAAAUGAAAUUUCAGACAGUCAAGAAACCACAACCGCACCAGAAGAUUUAGUAAAAAAUGAAUUAGAGGCGGAACCUGAAAAAAGUAUUCAAUUAGUUGACAAAACUACUGAAUCUAUUACUGAAAUAUAUGACUUUAAUACUUCAAAGGAUACUGUUACUCUCCCUAUUAGCAAUGAAGAAGUACAGAGAAAUCCAGACACUACCCCUGAAGACACUACACCAACGACAACUGAGCUGGACACAACGACAGAUAUUUUAAUAUUGAAUCAGGGUUUCACUGAUUCAAAUAUUUAUCACAUUCAGAAAAAUACAGAAACUUAUCAAGCUUCCAAUAAAAGCGGAGAGUUUGAAUCAUCGCCGCAUAAAAUAAUUACUUUAAAAAUUGAAAAAGCACCUGAACCUGAAGAAGCGACCUAUAGUCCUAUAAGCGAGGAUGAAACUAAGGAUACUAGAUUGCAACCCAUAUCUCUCCCAGAAACAUCAGCAGUACAGGAUACUUUCUCUUCUGAACUCACAACUGUCGACCCGAUAACUGAUGAAUUGGUAAUUUCCAUGGAAUCUCUUGUCCCUCAAGAACGUAACAAUCAAUCAGAAAGUCAUAAAGAAUCUCAAUUUGAUGUACCCGUAUCCAUAAUAGUCGAUAGGAAGCCUGAAGAUACUACAGAACCUAUUGAAAAUGAGGUGUGAAAUCAUGAGUCUGAACUAUAUCUUUAAUAAAAUCAAGAAAUAUAAAGUUUUUAGUUGUUUUUCUUGGGGAGUAUAUAAUUUUUAAUAACUUACAUCAAUCAAUUUAAUAGAAAACAAAUGAUUAAAUACG